AAGAUGCCUUUAGCAAGAUGGGCGCUCGGCGUCGUCGUUUUGUGUGAGGUUGCCUUUGGCCUCUACUUUCCAAGGAAAGAAUAUCAUGAGAAUAUCUAUCUUGAACAACCAGGGGGGACCCCCUUAUUGCAAAUCCAUGCCUUGAAAGAUUCUGAGGAAGAAGAGGUCUACUUUUGGUUGUGUCCCCAUCUCUACAUCUCACGCGUGGGAAAUAAAGACAAUCUCUGGUUUCAAAUCGAAGAGAAAACAGGAGUUCUUUUCCUGAAUAAGAGUCUAGAUAGGGAAGACUUCGAUACACUGUUUGCAGGGAACUGGGCACCAAUGCCAAAGCUGGUACUCCAGGUUUUCCUCUCAUCCCAACCUUUCCAAGGGAAAGAAUGCCAAGAAUCGUACACCAAGACCUUCGCGAAGCUCUCUGUCAUCAAUGCCACCAUGCCAGCUUGCAAUCCUGGAAAGGCAAGCCAGCUGUGUUUUGGCGAAACAGACCUCUCCUUUCAUGUCAAAGAGAACAAACCACCAGGAACGUUUCAUCAACUCCAGUCGCUUCCUGUACAACGCCAGUGCCACAAUGCAAGCAUUUCCUACGAGGUGAUAGCAGAUGAAGGUCUGCCAUUUUAUUACGACAAGGACACCACGAGUGUUAGAGUGACACAGCCUCUGGAUCGGGAGGAACGAGAAAAGUAUGAGCUGAUUGCUAAGUGUACGGUGAGAGAAGGGCCCACAGUGACUUCCAUGGAGGUGCCCUUCCUUGUAAAUAUAUUUGACGAAGACGACAUGCCCCCCUUCUUACCUAACGGUACCAGCACAACAGAUGCGGUGGUGGAGUUCAGUAGGAAAGAGGGCACUGUCCUAGCAGCGUUGAUGGUCUAUGAUGCAGACACCACCCCUAUUUUCCCUCUAGAGAGUAGCAGGAAGAAAUACACUGGUACCAUAAGUUCACCAGAUCCAUGGAUAAAGGAAUCAUUCCGAGUGGAGCAUUACUUCCAUGAGAUCUAUUUCAUCCCAAAUGGCAGCCAAGUGAGGGGAACACGGCAUGAAUACAGACUGGUAUUAAACAAGAGCAUUUCAGUUACGGAAAGCCGCUCCUUCCAGCUGGAUGUUAUCGUGAAUGACACAGAAUACCCGAGGCCUGACAAAUCCCUGAUGCUCCACUUCAAUGUCUCCAUUCUUCCAAUCAGCAUCCAGUUUUCAAAUGUGACAUAUCAGUUCACAGUGAACAGGAAUGCUGCCAAUUUUUCACAAAUAGGAAAAAUCUGCAUCGACAACUGUAUGAGGUUUUAUGGUGUCAACAUCACGUACAGCCUACAGCCCCCUAAUGUCAGCUGCUAUGCUGUGGAGAUUGCUCAGGGCCAAGAAGACAAGUACGGAAGCCUCUACGUGAAUGAUUCCACUGUGCUGCAGAGACCCGACUGCAAAGAAAUACAGUACCCUGUGCUAGCUAAAGAAGAGCGGAGCAAGAAAGAAGCUCACGCCCAUCUUACAAUUGUGCUGGAUGGAUUGCUUAUACAUAAUGGCGAUGACUGCCCAGAUUCCUGUGCUGUAAGCAAGACUCGAUCGGAGUGUGAAGAGUGUGGUGGCGUUGGAGUACUAAUGGGGAAAUGCCAGUGGAGACAGGGAAGUGGGAAAGGAAUAACUACAAACUAUUCGACCUGUAGUCCUAGUAUCAGGACUUGUCCCGAUGGCACCUGUGAUGCUGUUGAGAGCAGAGAUAAAGGAAUAUGCCCUCAAGAUUGCACAAAGACCAACAUCGUUGGUGGCCAUCUGAGAGGCAUUCUUGGAACUGGAAUCAGGGCAGGACAUGGAGUUUGUCACUGCUUUCCAGAAAUAAGCUGUUUCUGUGAUAAAGAUGACAUCAGAGAGCCAUUGUGUGAUGACAUGUGCAAAACUGUGAUUGCAGGGGGAGUGCUGCUCUCCUUCAUUAUUUCAGUGCUCCUUUCUUCCUACUUCAUCCACCGCUACCACAAGAAUUCUCCAAAGCCACCUAUUGCCUCAGCAGAGAUGACCUUCCGGCGCCCAGCCCAGUCUUACCCUAUAAGCUACUCAUCAUCUAAUGUCCGUCGACCAUCAAUGGACUCUGAAAACCAAAUGUCGGUAGACACGUUUAAAAUAACUGAGGAUCCGAAGUGGGAAUUUCCUCGGAAGAACCUGGUACUUGGCAAGACGCUCGGAGAAGGAGAAUUUGGAAAAGUUGUCAAGGCAACUGCGUUCAGGCUUAAGGGGAAGGCUGGCUAUACCACAGUUGCAGUCAAAAUGCUAAAAGAAAAUGCUUCCCAAAGCGAACUCAGAGAUCUGUAUUCUGAGUUCAAUCUUUUGAAACAGGUCAACCAUCCGCAUGUCAUAAAACUCUAUGGAGCUUGCAGUCAGGAUGGGCCUUUGUACUUAAUAGUGGAAUAUGCUAAAUAUGGCUCCUUACGGAGUUUUCUGAGGGAAAGCCGGAAAGUUGGACCCAGUUACGUAGGAAGUGAUGCAAACAGGAAUUCCAGCUACUUGGACAAUCCAGAUGAGCGAGCUUUAACCAUGGGUGACCUGAUCUCAUUUGCAUGGCAGAUAUCUCGUGGAAUGCAGUACCUUGCUGAAAUGAAGCUUGUGCACCGUGAUUUAGCAGCCAGAAAUGUCUUAGUAGCAGAAGGGCGUAAAAUGAAGAUUUCUGAUUUUGGCCUGUCACGAGAUGUUUAUGAAGAGGACUCUUAUGUCAAGAGAAGCAAGGGUCGGAUACCUGUAAAAUGGAUGGCGAUCGAAUCCCUCUUUGAUCACAUCUACACAACACAAAGCGAUGUGUGGUCAUUUGGAGUUCUGCUGUGGGAGAUCGUCACCCUGGGAGGUAACCCCUAUCCAGGUAUUGCACCUGAGAGACUGUUUAACCUCUUAAAAACAGGCUAUAGAAUGGAGAAGCCAGAAAAUUGCAGUGAGGAAAUGUACAAUCUGAUGCUUCGGUGCUGGAAACAGGAGCCAGAUAAGAGGCCAACAUUUGCUGAGAUCAGUAAAGAGUUAGAGAAAAUGAUGGUAAAGAGUAGGGACUAUUUAGAUCUUGCAGCUUCCACACCUUCUGACUCACUGCUUUACGAUGAUGGACUCUCAGAAGAGGAGACACCCCUCGUGGAUUGUAAUAAUGCUCCCCUCCCUCGAACCCUCCCUUCCACAUGGAUUGAAAACAAACUCUAUGGCAUGUCAUACCCGAACUGGCCUGAGGAGAGCCCCGUUCCGCUCACAAGAUGCGAUGGCCCUAAGUCUGUGUUUUCAAGAUAUGCAAAUGAUAGUGUAUAUGCUAACUGGAUGGUUUCACCCUCAGCGGCAAAAUUUAUGGACAAGUUUGAUAGUUAACAAAAUUCUUGGUGAAAGGUAAUGGACUCAGAAGGGGAGCAAAUGUCCAAAGAAUGGCCUUCCCCUUGGCUCAUUCUUUGUCUAAUAACAACUGGCAGAAGCAACAGGAAUUUCUAGAAUGGGAAACCUUCCCCCUACUUUUUAGUAGUCCCUAAAGUGUUCUUUCUCUCUCGUGGUGAAUACUAUAAUUGACUUUCCCCCCUUAUAAAGGCAUAUCAUACUGGGUCACAUGACAGUUCCAGUGCUUCUUUGCCAUUCUCCAAGUAAUCCAUUUUGGUAGCCGUGUAUUACUUGUGGCCCGUGGGCUUCAUCGUUACAGUGUUCAGGGCAAUGGCUCGGGACUAGAACUGUCAUAA